AUGCUUAGAUCGGUACGGAGUUUUUGCAUUUCAGCAAUCAAGUAUAAUGCAGCACCAAUAACUCGUCAAGAUGUGGUGAUCAUAGGAGGAGGUCCAGCAGGAUUGACAUUACUUGCAGCAUUGAAAGCUUCACCAAAAACCAAGCAUUUAAGUUGUACAUUAAUUGAAGCAACCAAUUUAGACAAAGUACGUGAAUUUCAACAACUGCCACCUCAUAAUUACACCAAUAGAGUCGUAUCUAUCACUCCCAAAUCAAUUGAGUUUAUGAAAUCAAAAAUCGGAAAUUGGGAUUAUAUCCAUGAAGAUAGAGUUAAAGAAUAUCAAGGGAUAACUGCAUAUGAUUCACAAGAUGCGACAUCAAAAGUUGAAUUUGAUGUUAGUAAUAUUGGACAAGAUACUUUAGCCGCAAUGUGUGAAGUUAUAAAUAUUCAAGGUUCUUUAUUAGCAAAAAUUGAAAGUUUAGAGAAUGAUGGGUCAAUUAAUAUCAAAGAUAACACCAAAGUAAUAGAAAUUGUAAACCCCAAUGAAGUUGAUAUAGAACAUCAACAUGACUUGAAUGAAGUAGACCAAAGUUCCGGGACCUCUGAGUUAGAUUGGCCAAUUGUGAAAUUAUCAAAUGGAGAAUCAAUUCAAACUAGACUUUUAGUGGGGUGUGAUGGUUACAAUUCCCCAGUUCGUAAAUAUGCAAAGAUUGAGUCAAGAGGAUGGCAAUAUAAUGCGUUUGGAGUGGUUGCGACUGUGAAAUUACAAUAUGAAGAUUUCAGAAAUGUAGCUUGGCAAAGAUUUUUAACUACUGGUCCACUUGCAAUUUUACCAUUGAAUGGAGAUAAUGCAACUAUUGUAUGGUCAAGUACUCCAGAAUUAUCAGAAAUUCUUCUUAAAGUUAACAAAGAUAUUUUCCCUAGACUUGUAAGUGCAGCAAUGAUAUUGGAUGAAGUAGACUUGAAAUAUAUUUAUAAAUUAUUAAAGAAAAAUCCUGAUGAUUUUUCCGUUUUAAAAGAAAUUGAAUGGAGAUUAUCUAAAUUUAAUGAAGAAGAGAUAGAAGAAAACUAUCCUGUACCAAUAGUUGAAGUUAUAGAUGGUUCUCGUGCUAGAUUUCCUUUGAAAAUGUCUCAUGCUGAUACAUAUGUCGCACCAAGAGUUGCAUUAGUGGGUGAUGCAGCACAUACGAUCCAUCCAUUAGCAGGACAAGGAUUGAAUAUGGGUCAAUCUGAUGCUGGAGCAUUAGUUGAAGCGUUAGAAAAGGGUAUAGAUAGAGGAAUGGAUAUUGGAUCUACUUUAGUAUUAGAAAGUUAUGUUUCUAAUGCAUGGCCUAGUAAUCAUGUUUUACUUGGAGUUUGUGAUAAAUUACAUAAAGUAUUUUCUACUGAUUUUUAUCCUUUAGUUGUUGCAAGAGGAAUUGGGAUGAAAUCAAUUAAUUUUGUUAGUGGAGUUAAAGAUUUAAUGAUGAAACAAAUUAGUGGUAACUAG